AUUCUACUACACCAACCACAUGCUCCUCUCCCCCACCCUCUCCCCUCCCUCCCUCCUCUCCCUCACAUCCUGCUCCUGCCCCACCGGGCACUGCCACCUCCGCAAAUCCGCCUGCCCCUGCUGGGCCCUCCAACAAUCCCACACGGGGGCGUACGACGUGUCGGGGUUCAUGUACGAUGCCGCGGGGUUGCUGAAGAAACCGGGGCUCCCGGUGUUUGAGUGUGGGAGUUUGUGUGGGUGUGGGGAGGAGUGUCGGAAUCGGGUCGUCUCCCAAGGCCGCAAAACCCGAGUCAUGCUCAAACAAACGGACAAAAAAGGGUGGGGCGUGUUUGCGUGCGAGCGUAUCCCGAAAGGGACGUUCAUCGGGAUCUACUCGGGGGAGCUGCUGGGGCAUGAGGAGUCGGAGGAACGUGCGAUAAAAUACGACCAAUUCGGACGAACCUACCUCUUCGACAUCGACUGGUGGUAUAUCGAUGCCGAGCUUGAUGCGAAGGAGGCGAGGCAGAAGGAGGCGAAGGAAAAGGAGGAGAAGGAGGGGAAAUUGGAAAAGGAGCAGAAAUCGGAAAAGGAAAUGCAGGAACAACUGGAACAACUCGAGAAAGCCAAACAAUCUCUCAUCACCGCUCUCCAAGAGACUAUGAACGGAGCUGGAACCAGAGCUGGAGAUGGGAACGAACAAACUCCCAUCAUCGUGGAUCAUGACGAUCCUGUCCCUACCCGUGCCCUUGCCCUUGACCCUGCCCCUGGCUCUGCCCUUGCCUCCGGUCCUGGUUCUGACCCUGCCCCUGGUUCUGGUUCUGGUUUUGGUUUUGGUUCUGGUUCUGCCUCUGGUUCCGCGUUCAACACCAUCGACAAAGAGAACGCGAACGCGAACGUUGAAGAAGGUAACGCGAAACACAAGGACAAGGGCAGGUCCCACCCCAAGACAAGCGGUGGCGUAUCACACUCACACUCACACUCACACUCAGCCUCAGCAAAUCCAGACUCGUCCGACUCAAACUCAUCCGACUCCGACUCCGAUUCCUCCUCCUCCUCAGACUCCUCAGACUCCUCCUCCUCCUCCUCCUCCGACAGACCAAGACGCCGACCAUCGAAAUACACAAUCGAUGCAUAUCACGCAGGGAAUUUCACCCGGUUCUUGAACCACUCCUGCGACCCCAACGCCGCGCUCACCCCCGUCUACAUCGACGUCGACGAGAUCGAGCGCCCCCUCCUCACCAUCUUCUCCAAGCGCGACAUCCACCCACACGAAGAAAUCACCUUCUCCUACAGCGGGGAUCCCGAUGUCGAUGACGAUGAUGAUGAUAACGGUGGUGGUGACUUGGAGAACAAAGUCCAUCCACCGACACCUAAACGUGGGAAACACGCUCCAAAGGCGAAGCAUACCAAUACCCCCAGAUCACUCGAAUCGCCACAGAACCAGAACCAGAACCAGAAGAACCACAACAAUAACAAUAACAAGAAUCAGAACCAAAACCAAAACCAAAACCAGAAGAACGAGAAGAAUCAGAAUACCAAGAAAAAGAAAGGCAAAAAAGGCGACGCGAGGGUCCAUGUGGAUUGUGAAUGUGGGGCGGCGAAGUGUAAAGGAACUAUCUGGCGGCCAUGAUUAUCUCUCUAGUCUCUAUCUAUACUCUCUCUAUUCUCUACUCUCUAUUCUUCUCCCUUUCCUCUCUCCCUUUCCUCUCUCUCCUCUCCAUUUUCUAAUCUCUCUAUUUCUCUAUUUAUUUAUUUAUUUUUCUUGCCCCAUGUUAUGUGGUACAUAUCCUAGUUCAAUCCGGAUGGAUGGAUCAAUAAAAAAAUACUAUUUCGUUCUGG